GUCGCCCGCAGUGAAUGGCAAGUCGGCAUCACUGACGUCAACAAUUAGUCGCGAAUUGGGUUUAUUUUGAUGAAAAUAUAAAUAACUAGGCACAAAUAUGUUUACUUUGUGGACGCUGAUUGAAGCCUCGUUGCUGUGCCUGAAUGCAGUGUGCAUUCUGCACGAAGAGCGUUUCCUGGCCAAGUUUGGCUGGGGACGACAGGCUGGUCAGCAGGACUUCGGAGCACCCACGGCCAAGGACCAGGUGCUCAAUCUCAUCCGUUCUAUACGCACAGUAGCCAAGAUUCCCCUGAUAUUCCUUAACGUAAUUGCGAUUAUAUUUAAGUUAUUACUUGGUUGACAUAAAUCUACUAUAUUAAAUGUACCAUAAAGCCUUUGUA